GGGUCCCACCAAUCUUGUUUGCUUCUGCAGAGCCUCAGCCUGCCUGGAAGAUGCCGAGAUCGUGCUGCAGCCGCUCGGGGGCCCUGUUGCUGGUCUUGCUGCUUCAGGCCUCCAUGGAAGUGCGUGGCUGGUGCCUGGAGAGCAGCCAGUGUCAGGACCUCACCACGGAAAGCAACCUGCUGGAGUGCAUCCGGGCCUGCAAGCCCGACCUCUCGGCCGAGAUUCCGGUGUUCCCGGGCAAUGGCGACGAGCAGCCUCUGACCGAGAACCCCCGGAAGUACGUCAUGGGCCACUUCCGCUGGGACCGAUUCGGCCGCCGCAACAGCAGCAGCGGCAGCGGCAGCGGCGCAGGGCAGAAGCGCGAGAACGUUGCAGCGGGCGAAGACCGCGGCCGGCUGCCUGAGGGCGGCCCAGAGUCCCGCAGCUAUGGCGCCGAGCCGGGCCCGCGCGAGGGCAAGCGCUCCUACUCCAUGGAGCACUUCCGCUGGGGCAAGCCGGUGGGCAAGAAGCGGCGCCCGGUGAAGGUGUACCCCAACGGCGCCGAGGACGAGUCGGCCGAGGCCUUCCCCCUGGAGUUCAAGAGGGAGCUGACCGGCCAGCGGCCCCGGGAGGGAGAUGGCCCCGACGGCCCUGCCGAUGACGGCGCCGGGGCUCGGGCCGACCUGGAGCACAGCCUGCUGGUGGCGGCCGAGAAGAAGGACGAGGGCCCCUACAGGAUGGAGCACUUCCGCUGGGGCAGCCCGCCCAAGGACAAGCGCUACGGCGGUUUCAUGACCUCGGAGAAAAGUCAGACGCCCCUGGUGACGCUGUUCAAAAACGCCAUCAUCAAGAACGCCUACAAGAAGGGCGAGUGAGGGCACAGCGGGGCCCCGGGGCUACCCUCCUCCAGGAGGUCGAUCCCAAAGCCCCUUGCUCUCCCGUGCCCUGCUGCCGCCUCCCAGCCUGGGGGUGGUGGCCGUGGCAGAUAAUCAGCCUCUUAAAGCUGCCUGUAGUUAGGAAAUAAAACCUUUGAAAUUUCACAUCCA